AUGGCACGGCGCUCUACGUUUCCUCGUUCGAGCGUGCUGAUCCUGGGCAUCAAUUCGCUACAUUCACUUCUUCCUGCGACACUCAUCUCACAAGCCGAGUCCUUGUUAGAGAGCCAUAGACUCGACGAUGUCGUAGAACUGGCUGAUCAGCAGCGGAAGAAGCUGCAGGGCAAGCUGACGGUGGACGAGGACGAGGCAGAUGAGCUCCGCUACGUCUACCAGCGGUUGGGCUUCCAGCUGAUGUCUGAGACGCGCUUUGAAGACGCGGGAUACAAUUUCUUCGAAGGUAACCUCGACCCGAGCGCCCUCGUCUCCUACUUCCCCGACCUCCGCGGCUCCCUGCUCUCCUCCGUGCUCGAGGUCGAUAUGUUCGUCGGCGUGGCGGACUGCAUGCCGCCGUACGACUCGGUCGACGAUAUAAUUGCCGCGAACCUAGUCAGGAACUACUCCCCGCACCUCGCGCCCAAUACGCGAUCCGCGCCGCCCACCGCCGAGCUGAGGCGGAUACUCGGCAUCGAGGCCCGUGAGAUGCUCGAGACGUUUCUGAGGAAAUGGCGGCGGAUACGUGGGGACUCGGGCACUCCCGAGGUGCACGCAAUUGUAGACACAGUGCUCGCGAAGCUCUUUGCCCACGGAGAGAAAACAGAAGAGCUGUAUACGCUUCUGGACGAUUCAACACAUCUCGUCCUCUCCGAGCUGGAAUCCAUCUUUCGGUCGACGGGGCAAUACAACGCGCUCUGCAAAAUCUACGCAAAACGUGGAGACGACGCGAAGCUGCUCGAAGCGUGGUCCAAACUGGCCGAAGGCGAAUGGACGGACGCGGACAUCCCAGAUCCACUGUCAGACAUGUUUGCGCUCCUCACCGAAAGGCGGAAUCGACAACUCACGCAGCAGUGGGGCAUCUGGCUCACCAGAAAAGAUUCGGAGCGCGCUCUCAAGUUGCUCACCUCACAAGGCUCAACGAGGCGUGCUAAUAGGGCUGAAGAUGACCUCGCGAUGCUGCAGCAGAUCCGGGAUGCGAACCCUGAAGCGGGAACGCAGUUCCUCGAGCAUCUAGUGUUACAGAAGCGGAGCACGGAUCGGACACUACACACCGAACUCGCGAUCACCUGCAUCGACCAACUCCUCUCCUUCCUGUCCGAAGACGCCACCUCGAAGCUCUGGCGCGCCAAAUCUGCGUCCUACGCGUCGACGCCGACGCCGAACCUAACCCCCUUCCUCGCUUACUUCGCGUCCACGACGCCCGACUCGCCCGCCAAGCGCGCGCGCCUGCGCACCGCGCUCUUCCUGCAGAACUCAAGGCUAUACGACGCGCGGGCCGUGCGCGCGCGCCUCGCGCCGCGGGAACGCGCGCUAGCCGUCGAGGUCGCGAUCGUCGAGGGCAAGGUGCGCGCGCGCGUUUCGUCGCGACCAAAGACACCAAGGCCGAACCUCCUGACCCCCUUCCCCUCGCCGCAGCUCGGCAACCACACCGCGGCGCUCACGCUCCUCGCGCUCACCGUGCGGGACCACGCGUCGGCAGAGGCGUACUGCGCGACCGGCGGCAGCAGCGCGAUCCCGCCGCGCGUCGCGCGCGCGCUGGCGGACAAGCAUGGGCUCGGGCCGUGGGCGGGCGUCGGCGGUGCGUCGGCGAAGGCGGCGCAGGCGGUGUCGGGCGCGGGGAGAGAAGGGGAUGCGGACCCCGCGGAGACGAGGCGGCUGCUGAAGGCGCUGCUGGAGGUGUACAUGAGCGGCGACGCGCCGGGACGCGACCGCGCGCCACCGCCGUCUUCACCGUCCUCGCCAUCGCCGCCACCGCCGCCACCGCCGCCAUCUUCGUCCUCGCCCUCGACGGGCCCUUCGACGUCCCCCUCGCCAAUCACGUCCUCCGCCUCCAUCAGCGCAAGCACGGCGCUGCUCAACGCCCAAGCCGCCAACUUCGACGUCGUCGACGUCCUCGAGCGCGUCCCGCCAACCUGGGCGCUCCCCGCGCUCUCCACGUUCCUCGCGCGCUCGCUCCGCCGCGCGGUGCACGCGCGCCACGAGGGCCUCCUCGUCAAGGCCAUCUGCGCAGGGCAGAACCUCGCCGUGCGUCCCUCCCGAUCCCCCUCCCGAUCCUUCCCUCCCGAUCCUUCCCUCCAUCCGACCCGCAUCGUUCCUGACCGCCGCCCCCGCCACAGAUCCUCGACACCACACACGCCCCCCUCCGCCUCGCCGGCGCCCUCCUCGAAGAAGAAGCCCCCGCCUCCUCCCGCUCCGACGCCUCCCACUCCGACGCCUCCUCCCGCUCCGGCGCAGACUCGGACUCGGACUCGGACUCGGACUCGGACUCGCGAGACGGCGCAAGCGCGCGACGGCGGCGGCGACGGCGGCGGCGGCGGUCGUGAUGGACGAAAAGGCGGCCUUGCGCGCGCGCGCGGUGGCAGUUCCGGUGGCAGUUCCGGUGCCGGUCGCGGUGCCGCGGUUUGGGCGUCGGCGUCGGCGUUGGGGUUGGCGUUGGCGUUGGGGUUGGGGACGAAGAUGUAGAUGGGGACGCAGACGCAGGCGAGGGCGAGGGCGAGGGCGAGGGGCCGCGAUGAGCGCGCCGCUCGACGCGCCGCUCGCGACGUUCCGUGCCAUCCCGCUCCGUUCUUAUUUUCUCGGAUGUUCGCUUUCUUCCGUCUCUCUCACGUCAUUCGCCGGACUGUGUACCGUACCGCACUCCUCGACGUCGGCAGAAUAUGAUAUUUCGUCUGUUCGGG